GCACGACAAGGCCGUUCACGUCACAGACUUCCUCGAGGUCUGGGCGAAAUCUGGUACCUUUGUCAGUGCCAUGGACGUCGGACCUGGAACAUCGAUCAGUGGUCCUGUUGGGUUCGCGGGAGGAGAGUGCUCUGAAGGAGGGAUGCGAGGUCAGGGUGGCCUGCCAGCUACGCCUCCUGAUCAAGAGGUUCGGGAGGUGCGUGGGUCAGAUAAGACGACUCGCCGGGCCCGACCAGCGCCGGCGCAACUGCAGACCGAGUUGAGCCAGGAACGAGAAGCAAGUGGGAACGUUGCCGGUGAGGAGGAGGUGUCCGAGCAGGGGCUGUUCCGUGAGAGAUCGGCUGAAAAGACUAAGUCGGGAGGCAAGCGCAACUUGCCAGAUGAGGAAGAGCGAGAGGGAGUAGGUGCUCUGAAAAGACAAAGAAAGGCAGGAGGGAGUGCUCGAACGCCAACAACACGAGAGGGCGGUUCUGUUGAGAAGAGGAAAAGGGUUGGAGGUGGGGAUGAAACGCCAAAAGACUCGUCGACACGGCGAAGAACCGGUGAGUCUUCCGGGAAACGGUCGAAAUCAUCGAGGGGGAAGAAAGUAGACGAGGGCGACAGCGGGGAGGGGGAUGACGACGUGGAGAUUAACCUCAACGCCUUUAAUCUCGACAAUGCGUUCUUCUUGGAGAUGCAGAGAGGGGUGCAGAAGGACGUCGUGUUGCACAUCCAUCCCGAAAGAAUAUUAGCUAUUCCAGACAGGGAAGACGCGUACAACCACCGAUCCUUGGACGAGUUUCUCGUUGAUACCAUCGCGUGGGCUAUGAUCAACUGCUACCGCGAUCAACGCAAAAACAUGAGAUACACGAAGCCCAUUUUCGUUCUCGCUCCGAUCGUCGCGCCUCCAGAGAACGGCGAGCCUGCUGUGCGCGUGCUGCCUACUGACCCCUUUUAUAUGCAGCACCUUACUAACGUAAUUCAAACUCUUACCACCGACUUCCACUUCUAACACCUCCCCCGAACUCGCCCGACUUCGGGCCUCUACUCUACUACUUUCCCUCCCCGAUUUCGUCAAGACCCGAACGCGGUC